AUGACGGCCCGGCAGUCGUCGUACCUCCCGCCGUCCGCUGCCUCCCAGACAAUGGGUGCUGCACGUGUCGCGGGCGCCGCUACUGCGCUGCGCCUCCUGGAGUGCAAUCCGGACUCCCUCUUGUCGCGUCCACUUGGAGGGCGAGUUUCAGCUGCGAAGCUGGCGAGAAUGCAGUAUCAGGAGCAUCUGGAGGCCAAGGCGGGACACGCCCAGGGCGACCUCCUCGACUUCGAGGACGGCUCUGCGGCCUCAGAGCCCUCCACAUCUUCACAGGUGCCAACCCAAUCCCGGAACGAGAUGCUGCCAGGCUUCCCACCGGAGAUGCUCUGGGCAGGCGAUACAGUGCUCGCACGGUACGGCCCAAACGGGCGGUUUUUCCGAGCGCGUGUUGUCCGUGUCUACAGUAGCCGCGGCAGCUCGUUGGCGGAUGUCGAGUGGCUGAGACCGCAGGACGGACGGAGCAGUGAAGAGUUCCUGGGCCCCUUGCAGGACGAGCUGCACAAUCGGAACGGCUUGCAGGUGGGCACCGAGGUGCGGGCGCUGAUGGAGAGCCGCGGCGCGUCGGCCCCGAGUACUUCGGCCUGCACGCCGGUCGCGCCGAUCGAGCGUAAACCAGGCAGCGAAGAGGGGCCAGCCGCCCUCCCCGAUCUGCUGGAUUUCUCCCCAUUGGGCGAGGCCGCUCCAUCGGGCGACCUCCUGUCCAUGGAAGGCUGCGCCGUGCCAGGCGACGCCUCGCCCCUGCCGAGGCUGAACUUCUCAGGCGCCGGGCCCCCGCCGAUGGAGCUGUCGAGGGACACGCUGCCGAGCAGCGGCUACGGCCAUGCGCAGGUGCAGGCGCCUGCUGCGAGCCCCCAGGAACAGCCCAAGGAAAGAUUCGACUUCGUCUCGGACUUGUUCCUGCAGGCAUCCGAUCAGCCUGGGCAGCAGUCCAAUAGAUGA